UUUUGCAGGAAGUGCUGCUGAAUUCAAAAACAAACCUGCAAAAAGUUAUCACCAAAGUACCUUUGGUGUGAAAUACUUCACAUUGAUCUUUUUAUUUUUUUAUAACAAGGUAAACAACGAUUUUCGCGAUGGGUGUGCACGACCUGUGGUCCAUUCUGGGGCCGGUUCGGGAGGCGGUGCCGUUGUACAGCCUCACGGGAAAGACCCUGGCCGUGGACCUUAGCCUGUGGGUCGUCGAGGCCCAGCACGUCCAAGCAAUGAUGGGGAAAGUCACCAAACCUCACCUCCGGAAUCUGUUUUUCAGAGUAUCCUCUCUCACACUGAUGGGGGUAAAGCUCGUUUUUGUCAUGGAGGGAGAGGCCCCUAAACUCAAAGCAGAGACCAUGAGCAACAGGACAGACAUGAGAUUCAGGGGGUUAAAAAAGUCAGCCCCUAAAAAAACAACUACAAAGACCAACAACAGGGGGCACUUCAAUGCUGUGCUGAGAGAGUGUGCAGAGAUGCUGGACUGUCUGGGUGUCCCCUGGGUGACAGCGGCAGGGGAGGCAGAGGCCAUGUGUGCCUUCCUGGAUGCCCAGGGCCUGGUGGACGGCUGCAUCACCAACGAUGGAGAUGCUUUUCUCUACGGAGCGCAGACCGUCUACAGAAACUUCAACAUGAACACCAAGGAUCCACAGGUGGAUUGUUACAGGACUUCUAGGGUGCAAACAGAGCUGCAGCUAGCCAGGGAGACACUUGUGGGUCUGGCCAUCCUUCUGGGCUGUGAUUACAUUCCUAAGGGUAUACCAGGAGUUGGGAAAGAGCAAGCUCUAAAACUCAUACAGACAUUAAAAGGACAAACACUUCUACAAAGGUUCAGCCAGUGGAGGGAGGAGGGUGUGGGUGUGCCAGAGUGGAUCCUAAAGAAGGUCCCUCACUGCAAUCUGUGUCGCCAUCCUGGGUCAGCCAAGACCCACGAGCGCAGUGGCUGUGUGUUGUGUGACAGCAAGCACUUCUGUGAGCCUCAAGACUAUGACUACGAGUGUCCCUGUGACUGGCACCGCUGUGAGCAGACACGACAGGCCUCUUCAACAGAAGCCAACAUCAGGAAGAAAACACUGGCAAGUGAUAAGUUCCCUUUUACAGAGAUCAUAAAUGAAUUUCUGGUAGACAAAGACAAGCCUGUCCACAAUUUCAAAUGGAGGACACCGAACAUGCUAUUAACGCAGAACUUUGCGUAUGAUAAGAUGGAGUGGCCUAAGCACUAUACCAGUGAAAAGGUUCUGGUCCUGAUGACGUACACUGAGCUGAUGAACAGAAAACAUGGAAGAGCGACGUCGUCACAGAUAAAACCACUACGUAUAUGGAAGCCAAGAGUGAGGAAUGCAAUCGCCAGCUUUGAAAUCAUCUGGAGUAAGCCAGAUCACUAUGUGUUUCCUGAGGACCACCCUGGGGACAGCCAGGACGAGGUGAGGACGGUGGAGGAAGAGGCUCUGUUCCGCCUGGCCUACCCACACGUGGUGGAGCUGUACCUCAGGGAGAAGGCUGAGGCUGAGAACAAGACCAAGAAGAAGAAACCGAGGAGUAAGAAAGACAAGCCUUCGGAUCCCUGUGAUGUUUCUGACCUCCUGGACAAAAUGUCGUUGCACAGUUCCACUGCUGACAACAACACCCAACAACCCUCUGCCACGGCAGCAGCACCGACCAUUACAACCAUUACACCAAGUAACAACUCAGUGUUGGUCCUGGAGGGUCCAGAGUCAGAGUCCCCAAAAAAGGGUCUGGAUCCUGGUAAAGACCAUCCCCGCUUAGAAGUACGUCUUGGAGCUCAGAUACAGAAAGUGAUGUCAUCUCCGUCUUUCACUUCCUCUGGGAAGAUUCCAGAAGCAGCGGCCUCCUCUCCGUCCGUUUCCAUGGUGAUGGAUGCUCUUCACCUGAGUGACAUCGACUGGGAGUCUCAGUCAUUCACGUCCUCCCCGCCCCCGCAGGCUGCUAGCGCUCGCACUGCCACUGACCCCAAGUCAGUCCAAACCACAGAUGAUGGUGUCAAAGAAAGGAUCACGAAACAGGGCCCCUCUACUGAUCUCAGAGCAGCGGAGGCCGUACCAGGGCCGUGUUAUAUAGAGUGUUCGCUGAGGGACAGGGUCCUAAUGAGAAACACCCGCAAGUCUGUGAACAUGGUGGACAAUGAUGAUGUCACCACCAUACACGUAAACUCCCAGUCAGCACCCCUGGAUUUCAUUGAUUCUAACAACAGCGGCCCUAAGCCAAUGGCACUGAUACCCAUUAAAAGCAGCAAUGACUCUAAGCCAUCAGAACAGCCGCUGGUGUGUGGUACGAAAGCCACACUUGUUGAUAAGGGCCAGAGCAUUGCAUUGGCCCGUAAGCCUCAACCUGCUCAUCACAGCUCAAAACCUAGCUCAGUGAACUCAACACAAACAGGCCCAGUCACCUCAACACAAACAAGCCCAGUCACAGCAACACAAACAGGCCUAGUCACAGCAACACAAACAGGCCUAGUCACAGCAACACAAACAGGCCCAGUCACAGCAACACAAACACAAAGGGCUAGACAACAUGGUGCCGGUGAACCAAAGCCUCCACAGAAGUACAGAUUUGUAAAGAAGGCCAUAUCCUCUUCUUCCGCUCUGCUGCAAAGGAGCCACUCUGAACCUGGCGACACACAGCCUGGUCGGGAUGACAGGAACAUGAAGUCACAUCAGGAAACCAAGAAGAGCGUGUGCGCCAGUAUGUGUUCAUCGAGCGAGGACAGCGACACAGAGAACCAGUGUCGGGGAGGAGUGCAGAUCAGGGCCAAAGUCAAACCCAAAAGCAGGCCCAGGUGCCAAUACCUCACAGACUACUCACUGAAACCCACCACCACUACAAAGGCAGUCUGGGACACAGUGACAGCACAGCCCCUCAGGCCUAGAGCUGCGUCUGACAGUAUGGGUGAACAACCGAUACUAGGCAGCUCCGUGUCUACUUUGGGGAAGUGCCAGGAUGUUCCACCAAUUAGAGUUGAUGAUGACAUUGUGUUCAUUCCAAGUCCCGUUUCCCCAGUGACUGUGUCUGAUGGCGAUGACUCAGUGAUUUGCAGCAAGAGCCCACUGCCAUUGGCAGAGAGGGUGAGGCUGAAGUUCCUGAAAUGAGUGAUGUGAUAUACCAAUGUUAGGACAGAAGAAAAAAAAACGAUUUCCUAAUAUUAUUCUGUCAAAUAAUAAUAAUAGUAUUCUAUCAACAUUUUAUUUAGUUUGUUUAUAAAGUGUAUUUUUAACCUUUGAUAUAGGCUUUUCCUUUUGUCUUCUAUGUACACAAUACACUAAAUCUUUAAUGGUCUUACAGUAGGAGAUGAAGAAAAACUAUUUUACUCAUGAAGUUAGGGAGAGGGCAUGUAUGAAUGCUCUUGGAUGUUCUGUGAUAAUGUUGUUUUGUUUUUUAAAUAAAACCCUAUACUUGUCAACGUU